UGCAACUGGUUUGUGCUGAUUUUAUAUUUGCUGGAGGCUGAAUUACCUGAAUUACAGGUAGACAAAGAUACAGCCAAACCUCUAUUAUAACCGGCCUCCAGUCGCAGUAACGGAACGAGACAAUAUGAAAACCACAGGACUUUGCUUUACCUGGUGUGCGUCUCUCAAAACUAUGGGAAAUGUUUCAUGCCCAAACAUAAUUUUUCAAGUUUGUUUUGUAGCAAUUGCGACUAGCUUUUUAGACAAACUACCCCAAUUUACUUCUCCAUUUUAUAGCCAGCGCUUUCCUAAAAAUAGUCGAAAAAUGCUAGGAAUCCGAUUUCUUUUAAUGAACUAAGUUCACGUAAAGUAGUCUUUCGGAAGUUUCGAGAAAUGCAGACCCAUGAUAUAAACGUAGAUCCGUGAUUUAAACGAAGCAGCGGGAGAAAAACCCCUGGUAUCGAUUGCUUGCUUUAACAGUAACGUCUUACCUCAUGUAUGAGUAUUUUAUGUAAACCACCACUGCUUGGUACUAAGAAGGUAAGGAGGGUAAUGUAGUGCCGCAAGCAUUAACAAGUCUUACAGAGAGCAUGCUCUUAUAGUCAAAAACGUAAAACAAACGAAUUACCAGUGUGUUCACCAAUUGCUACACUUGCUCAUCUUGCUACACUUGCCACACCUGUUACGGUUGCUACACUUGCUGCAAUUGUUACGUUCGCUUCGUUUGGUACACUUGCUACGCUCCUCUUCCUACGUUUGCAAAGUUUGCUUGCUACGUUUGCUACCUGCGCAUGCUACACUCGUUACUCUUGCUACGCGUUCUACGCUUGCUACAGUACAUUUGCUACACUUACUACCCUUGCUACGUUUGUUUGCUACACUUCUUGCCCUUGCUAUGUUGGCUACGCUUGCAACGCUUUCUGA